GCUGCGCGUUUGCGGGGAGACUCGGGGGCUGCGGCGCCGCUGAGCUCAGCUCGCGGCGGUCCGGGCGGGCCCGAGGAUGGCCGAGGCGCAGGGGGCUGUGCGCGCCGGGUGGCCGGGGCUCCCCUCUGAGCUCCUGUGCCUCCGCGGAGGCCGCCCCGUAGGCGGGAGGCGCCGGUGAGGCCGAGGACAGACCGUGCGCCCUCCGCCCUCGCUCCGGGACCAUGACGGUCCCCAAGGAGAUGCCCGAGAAGUGGGCCCGGGCCGGGGCGCCCCCCUCCUGGAGUCGGAAGAAGCCCUCAUGGGGGACAGAAGAAGAGAGGAGGGCACGGGCUAAUGACCGGGAAUACAAUGAGAAAUUCCAGUAUGCGAGCAACUGUAUCAAGACCUCCAAGUACAACAUUCUCACCUUCCUGCCUGUCAACCUCUUUGAGCAGUUCCAGGAAGUUGCCAACACCUACUUCCUGUUCCUUCUCAUUCUGCAGUUGAUCCCGCAGAUCUCUUCCCUGUCCUGGUUCACCACCAUUGUGCCUUUGGUUUUGGUCCUCACCAUCACAGCUGUUAAAGAUGCUACUGAUGACUACUUCCGACACAAGAGUGAUAACCAGGUGAAUAACCGUCAGUCUCAGGUGCUGAUCAGUGGAAUCCUCCAGCAGGAGCAGUGGAUGAAUGUCUGUGUUGGUGACAUUAUCAAGCUUGAAAAUAACCAGUUUGUGGCGGCGGAUCUCCUGCUCCUGUCCAGCAGUGAGCCCCACGGGCUGUGUUACAUAGAGACAGCAGAGCUCGACGGAGAGACCAACAUGAAAGUGCGCCAGGCAAUCCCUGUCACCUCGGAGCUGGGCGACAUUGGCAAGCUUGCCAAGUUCGAUGGUGAAGUGAUCUGUGAACCCCCCAACAACAAGCUGGACAGAUUCAGCGGGACCCUCUACUGGAAGGAGAGCAAGUUCCCCCUGAGCAACCAGAACAUGCUGCUGCGUGGUUGCGUGCUGCGGAACACUGAGUGGUGCUUCGGGCUGGUCAUCUUCGCGGGUCCUGACACUAAGCUGAUGCAGAACAGCGGCAGGACGAAGUUCAAGAGAACAAGCAUUGACCGGCUGAUGAAUACGCUGGUGCUCUGGAUUUUUGGAUUCCUGGUCUGCAUGGGGGUGAUCCUGGCCAUCGGCAAUGCCAUCUGGGAGCAUGAGGUUGGCAUGCGCUUCCAGGUCUACUUGCCCUGGGACGAGGCGGUGGACAGUGCCUUUUUCUCCGGCUUCCUUUCCUUCUGGUCCUACAUCAUCAUCCUCAACACCGUUGUGCCCAUCUCACUGUAUGUCAGUGUGGAGGUCAUCCGGCUGGGCCACAGCUACUUCAUCAACUGGGACAAGAAGAUGUUCUGCACGAAGAAGCGCACACCUGCGGAGGCCCGCACCACUACCCUGAACGAGGAGCUGGGCCAGGUGGAGUACAUCUUCUCUGACAAGACGGGCACCCUCACGCAGAACAUCAUGGUCUUCAACAAGUGCUCCAUCAGUGGCCGCAGCUACGGUGACGUGUUUGAUGUCCUGGGACACAAAGCUGAAUUGGGAGAGAGGCCUGAACCCGUGGACUUCUCCUUUAAUCCUCUGGCUGACAAGAAGUUCUUAUUUUGGGACCCCAGCCUCUUGGAGGCUGUCAAGCUGGGGGACCCCCAUACGCACGAGUUCUUCCGCCUCCUUUCUCUGUGUCACACUGUCAUGUCGGAAGAAAAGAGCGAAGGAGAGCUGUACUACAAAGCCCAGUCUCCAGACGAGGGCGCCCUGGUCACUGCGGCCAGGAACUUCGGUUUCGUGUUCCGCUCUCGCACCCCCAAGACCAUCACCGUCCACGAGAUGGGCAUAGCCAUCACCUACCAGCUACUGGCCAUCCUGGACUUCAACAACAUCCGGAAGCGCAUGUCAGUGAUAGUGCGCAGCCCGGAGGGGAAGAUCCGCCUGUACUGCAAAGGGGCCGACACCAUCCUGCUGGACAGACUCCACUGCUCCACCCAUGAGCUGCUCGGCCCCACCACGGACCACCUGAAUGAGUAUGCAGGGGAAGGGCUGAGGACCCUGGUUCUGGCCUACAAGGAUCUGGAUGAAGAAUACUACGAGGAAUGGGCUGAGAGACGACUGCAGGCCAGCCUGGCCCAGGACAGCCGGGAAGACAGGCUGGCCAGCGUCUAUGAGGAGGUGGAGCGCGACAUGAUGGUGAGUGCCCAGCGCAGGCCGCGGGCAGGCAGGACCGGCCCGAGCCUGCUGCUCUCGUGCCAGGAAAACGCCCUGUGGGAUUUCCAGCUGCUGGGUGCCACAGCCAUUGAGGACAAGCUCCAGCAGGGGGUUCCAGAGACCAUCGCCCUGCUCACCCUGGCCAACAUCAAGAUUUGGGUGCUUACUGGAGACAAGCAAGAGACGGCCGUGAACAUUGGCUACUCCUGCAAGAUGCUGACGGACGACAUGACGGAGGUGUUCAUAGUCACUGGCCACACCGUCUUGGAGGUGCGAGAAGAACUCAGAAAAGCCCGGGAAAAGAUGCUGGACUCGUCCCGCGCCGUAGGCAAUGGCUUCUCCUACCAGGAGAAACUGUCUUCUUCCAAGCUGGCUUCUGUCCUGGAGGCUGUGGCCGGGGAAUACGCCCUUGUUGUCAAUGGUCACAGCCUGGCCCACGCGCUGGAGGCAGACAUGGAGCUGGAGUUUCUGGAGACGGCGUGUGCCUGCAAAGCUGUCAUCUGCUGCCGGGUGACCCCCUUGCAGAAGGCGCAAGUGGUGGAAUUGGUGAAGAAGUACAAGAAGGCUGUGACACUUGCCAUUGGGGAUGGGGCCAAUGACGUCAGCAUGAUCAAAACGGCUCACAUCGGUGUGGGCAUCAGCGGGCAGGAAGGGAUCCAGGCUGUCCUGGCCUCCGAUUACUCCUUCUCACAGUUCAAGUUCCUGCAGCGCCUCCUGCUGGUGCAUGGGCGCUGGUCCUACCUGCGCAUGUGCAAGUUCCUCUGCUACUUCUUCUACAAGAACUUCGCUUUCACCAUGGUCCACUUCUGGUUUGGCUUCUUCUGUGGCUUCUCGGCCCAGACCGUGUAUGACCAAUAUUUUAUCACUCUCUAUAACAUUGUGUACACCUCCCUUCCGGUCCUGGCUAUGGGGGUCUUUGAUCAGGACGUCCCGGAGCAGCGGAGCAUGGAGUACCCCAAGCUGUACGAGCCGGGCCAGCUGAAUCUCCUCUUCAACAAGCGGGAGUUCUUCAUCUGCAUUGCCCAGGGCAUCUACACAUCCGUGCUCAUGUUCUUCAUCCCCUAUGGGGUGUUCGCGGAGGCCACCCGGGAUGACGGGACCCAGCUGGCCGACUACCAGUCCUUUGCGGUCACUGUGGCCACGUCCCUGGUCAUCGUGGUCAGUGUGCAGAUUGGGCUGGACACCGGCUACUGGACAGCCAUCAACCACUUCUUCAUCUGGGGCAGCCUCGCGGUUUACUUUGCCAUCCUCUUCGCCAUGCACAGCAAUGGACUCUUUGACAUGUUUCCGAACCAGUUCCGGUUUGUGGGGAAUGCCCAGAACACGCUGGCCCAGCCCACGGUGUGGCUCACCAUCGCGCUUACCACGGUCGUCUGCAUCAUGCCUGUGGUUGCCUUUCGGUUCCUCAGGCUGAGCCUGAAACCAGAUCUGUCUGACACGGUCCGCUACACCCAGCUGGUGAGGAAGAAGCAGAAAGCGCAGCACCGCUGCAUGCGCCGGGUGGGCCGCACAGGGUCCCGGCGCUCGGGCUACGCCUUCUCCCACCAGGAGGGCUUCGGGGAGCUCAUCAUGUCGGGCAAGAACAUGCGGCUCAGCUCCCUGGCGCUCUCCAGCUUCACCACACGCCCCAGCUCCAGCUGGAUUGAGAGCCUGCGCAGGAAGAAGAGCGACAGCGCCAGCAGCCCUGGCAGUGGGGCCGAGAAGCCCCUCAAGGGGUGACGACCCAGCAGCCUGUGCCGAUGGCAGGGCACUCAGGCUGGCCCGAGGGACAGGCUCGGACCUGGUGUCCUUACGCCUGGCCCUGCCACAGGGUGGUGGAGGGGCCCGGGCAGAGCAGGGACUCAGGCGUGGGCAGGCAGCCCUGAGGGAAGCAGCUGUGGAACCCCAAUGAGGAAAACUGACUGCGUCUGGCCCUGCCUGGCCAGGAGCCCACAGGGACACUCUAGUCUUAUUUUUUUACUCCCGCUCCCCAGAGGGCCCCUCGAGCCCCUGUUCCUGAAUUACACAAGAAUGUAUCAUGCCGGGAAGCUGGAGACGUGCUGGGGCUCUGGGCCCCUCACGUUAUGUCUGUCUCCUUGAUUUGUGUUUGGAUCCAGCUUGGUUUUGCC